AUGAAUCGUGAUGUCUCGUCUCAUGCCAAUAAACGUGAAGGACCACAGAGUAUCAAAAAGAGAUGCAUCUAUGGAAGGUAAGGUGAUUUAUAUAUUUUUAAAAAUUGCUGAGCGGGUUUUGAAUUGAGAUAGACUAGACGUAAAAGAGGUUAUGCUAGGCCUAGCCCGGCUCGGUCGAAGUAAAUUUGAAAAGAGCUGGGCCAGCACAUGCGAGCCUUGCGCCGGGGCCCAAAUCUAGUCCCCAGGGGCCCACCUUAGGACUGAAGAUUUGAAUUGCAAAUAGACCUAAAAGGUAACCCACUAGGCCCGGCCUCAAACCGGCCCGUCCGGUUGAAAACAAUUUUUAUAAAGUUUCAUUUUCAGAACAUACCAAGUGACGACAACAGCAGAUGGUACAGAAUGGUGCCGAAUUGGCGGUGGAUACCAGCGACUUGUUGAUCUCGAGAAUCGCAUGCUACAGCUUCGUCUGAAACGUCAAGAGCCGCUGAAUGGAAUGACAAGAUGGUCGAGUCAAGAUACCUACAUCUUGAGCACAGAUGAGGGUAUGUUAUGUCAUUGUAUGUGUUAUGACCAGAGUUGAAAAUUGAAAUUAGGUUAAAAAUUGAAAAGUUAAACGUUUUAAAAGUAAGAAAAUUGAGUUUUUGACCAAUUUUAGAUUUUUUUUUCGUCUUUUUUCGCUUUCAAAUUUUAAAAAAUGAAAAUUUUUUAAAUUUAAAAAUUUUUGUUUCAGCCACACCUAAGCCAAAACCAGUUGAAGCCAACACCCGCUCAAAUUUUGAAGCCAAGUUUUUCCCCAUCAACGACACGCUAGUGGAUUCAUCGCCAGAAGCCAUGACGGCCAGAAGACCGACAGUCGGCUACUAUGACAGGAAUGGUGACAUCAAGUCUCAGAGGCCUUCGCUAGACUCAAAUUCAGCUCUGACUCAAAAUUUCCAUGAUUUCGAUUCAGAGAACGACAUAAUAAAAGAUGAUAUUCAAGAAUUUACCGUAAUGGAUGGCCUACAGAAUCUUGCCUUCGAAGAUCGUCUAAAAAAUAUCACAUUGAGAGACAGUUUCCACCAUUAUCAGCUAUCAACGCCAAUGUUGUCGAAAAGCCAAAGAACUGAAGCCGAACAGAGAAAAUCAUUGGAUGAAACUUAUGUUGUGGUACCCAGAGUCUUCUCUCCAACCAAGAGAAGACGGUACUUGCCUAAAAUUCCUGACCUAUCUCCGAGAAAAACAAAGAAAGCUUUGUUGGGCGAGCUAAUGAAUGUUAUCAAGGAAAAGACUCAUCGUGCUUUCUCCAGAGAGUCGCCUUUAAAGAACGAUUUAAAGGAAGAUUCUCAAAAAGCUCAUGAUAACAAUGAAGACGACAAGGAAAAUCAACCGCCAUUGACAAGUCCGGUCGAGAAAAGUAAAAGUUCAAGUUCUGGCUACCAGACUGUGAAGAUGUCGACUUCCAGCAUAGAGCGUUCAACGUCCGAAGGCUGUGAGAGCAUGAAGAAGAUUGAAGAUGGCCCAACCAGCUCAAAAUGUGAUACAACCAGCUCUAAAUGUGAUGCUACCAGCUUUAGACGUGAGCUCAUCAGCUCCAAAUAUGAUCCCACCAGCUCUAGAUGUGACCCCACCAGCUCCAAUUGUGAUCCCAGCAGCUUUAAAUGUGAUCCUAGCAGCCCAGUUGACCAAGAACAAGACUGUUUAACUCGCAUUUCGUCCUCAACUGCUCAAUGGAUCCGAAGUGACGAGGCUUCUGAAACCCCAACUGCUAAAUCAAUCUCUCGUACUUCUGUAGUCAGCAGCAAAUCUCAUGUUUAA